GACUGAUAUUACCAUAUUUUUACAGCUACUGAGGUCACCAUCGAUUGAUUGACUGAAUUCAUAAAUUAGAAUUAAAUACUGAAUUUUGUUAUGAUUGAAGGGAAAACAAUGUUUGGCGUAGCUGCUGUUGGAGCGUCCGUAAUAGUGGGUUAUGGCCUUUACAAGUAUGUACAAGGCAGACAGAGUGCUCGAAAAGUAAAAGAGGCACUCGAUCAGAUGGUAAGGCGCGUAAUUUUUAUGAUUCACGUUUACCUUGAAUGGUUAUCUCCUAAUGCGUUGCUCGAAAGCGGUAAACAAACGUGUUUUGGUCCCAUUUCUUCUUAGCUAGCUUUGCUUUGUGCUAACCACAUUGAAAGUUAUCGUUCAUAAUUUUUCUCCAAGACUACCUCUACUUUUUGUAACUCCCUAAUUUUUGAUAAGAACGGAAAUAGGCUUUUAAUGUAUCAAUUCUGUUCCUUUAAAAAUGUAUUAGUUAGUUUCGGUUUAAUUGAUAAAUUUAUUCUUAUGGCUUUUUAUCUCUUACAUCAAUCAAGUUUUUGCUGGUUGUCAUCCCCAAAAUUUGUUCGGAACGGCUAUACAUAUACGCUUCACUAAACUGAUUUAAGUUGUGUUAGAACUUGCGUAUUUUUCAUUAUUAUCCUAUAUCUGUUGGUAAGACUCAACAUCAAAGUGCUUUUUAAUACAUUCCAAACAGGUCAAUGUAAAUUACACAGAAUCCAAAUGAUCAACUAAAGAUCAGACUUUGAUCAGCUCAGGGCUCUGGCGAUUGAACUCCAGAGUUAAUGGGUUUAUUUACCUAUAAGUUUUAUAGGUAAUUUUUAUAUUAAUUCUGUCUUAUAGCUCUGCCAAGGGAUUUCCUUUUGGAUUUUUCCUCAACAAAAUCUUAGCUCUUGUCCACGCUCUUCUACACUAGAAAUUAAAGCCAAGGUUAACUUUUGAUCUUAGAUUAAAGUUGACCCCCUUUCAAACAACCUAGCCCUGGGUAUCACAAUGCUGUGUUUAAUUUUUACAAUGUAUUUUUAAGUGACCUAACAUGCUACAGGUAAAGCUGAGGAAUACAUAAGCAAUAACAUUCAUCUGGUGCAAACAUAUGCAUAGAUAUUUGUCUGUGGAUAUUAUUUGUUCGAAAAGGGGAACAGUUUUCCAAGGGUGAGGCUCAAGGAAAAGUGUGACCUUCGAGGAAUGCAAAAUGUCCAAGGAUAAAUAUGGGAGGCUAAUUUCCUCCCAUAUGGAGGCAGUUGUGGUUAUCAUCCUUCAAAUAAUUUUGCUAAAAUGUUUACAAAUGUCGUACUGCUUACUGCAUUUGCUUUUCGCUUUUCAGUGUUCUCUGGUGGGACUUUACAAACAAAGAAACAUGUUUCUUUUUUCUGUAACAACCCCAAAAUGGCCUCUUAUCUUGAAUAUGAUUUUAAAGGAAGACUUAUUGUAGUGGACAUAAGGUUUUGGAAAUUGGGGAACAUCACUUUGGCUGUAUAUGCACUUAUUCCCUAGUUUCUGCUGGGACAUAUUCAGUUGCAUAAUGCUUUAGACCAAUUGCGUGAUAGGAAAAAUAUUUGAUGGAUUAUAAUGGUUGUUUACUUCAUAGAAUCAAUAUAAAUGGUGCAGUUUUGUCUGUGAAUGCUAUCACAUUAAAAUUGUAAAAAAUGUUUUGCUGAGAAUUUCAAGGUAGUUGGCACCCUAUCCUUGGUAAAAAGGCACUGAAAUAAGAGAGACUCUGUUGUUUGGUACAUGAGAAAUGGAGUAAUGUGGUGAUGAAAUGUUACUAUAGGAGACAUUCAAUUAAAGACCAAACCACCAUAAUUGUAAAAUAUCCAUUGACAAGCUUUGUAAGUUAAUGGAGGCCAAAUGAACUCGCUGUUAUAAAGAUAACUGAGAUGGGUAACAUGACUUCUAGCCUUGUCCUGACACAGUGGACUAUAUGUUAUCCCAUUCAAUUUUUUCCUUGAUUCAGGGGUACAUUUUUUUUUUCAGAUAAAAAGCAUUGACAAGCCAAAUGUUUAUAUCAGGAAUUAUGUUGGUGUGAGAGAAAAACUCAAGAAACUCUACGAGGGAGGUCCUGAAAAGCUGCAGGUUUGUGAUGAAUCAAGAAUGAUCUUAUGAUUUGAAUUACCAAACAAUCUGAAGGGUUUUGAUAGUCUAUAUUUCAACUUUUGAAAUAUAAUUUGAUAAUUUACUCCUGACAUUUUACAGAUAAUAUCAGACUUUGAUAAGACUCUCACAAAAUUUGUCAUCAAUGGGGAAAAAGGCUGCACAGUGUAUGGUAAGUCUUGUUAUUUUAAAAUUUUAGACUGUUAUUUGUUAUUUCAAUUUUUUUAAAUUAUACAAUAGCUCAUUUGUAGAAAUACUGUGUUGAUACUAUAUUAUAACUGAAUCAGUACUUUUUAAUAAAUAGUUUGUUGGUCCCUUUUUUGUUGGGAAUUGAAUUAAGAAUACCUGGUUAGCAAAGUUGAUGUGGUUUUACAGCUGGCUUGUUCCUUUUAACCAUUUACACCUAAACAUCAAUAUGCAUAUUCUCUAUAUAUGUAUUGUCCUCUAUACAUUUCCUAAGGUGCUGAUAAGGAAAAUUUGGUGAAUAAUCAAGAACGUUUUAAAUUUACAAUCAUUACCUUUAUUUUUGUGACCUAAAUGUGUGAUUCCGGGGUGAUGUCAUAAGAGAAAAUUACUGUAUAUACUAGCCACUCUUAGGGGCCAAAGGGUAACAAUGUAAAAAUGUGUUAUGAUGUAAAAAUGUGCCUACUUUGAUAUAGUCACACACAGAUUUAUCUUUAAUCUUAGGUGUGAUUGAGAGCUCUAAGCAGUUCCCAGAAUCAUACAGAGAAAAGGUGACCUGUUUUUAUGUUCAUAAUUGAUAAGUUUAUUCCCUUUGGUCCUCUCCUUAACAACAUUUUUUGCAUGUUUCAUUUAUUUAAUGGAAUACAAUCACAAAAUGGGUCUAAACUUUAGUUGAGACAUGAUAAAUGAUCAAACAUAUUUAUUGAAAAUAUUCCUAUCAUGGCUAUGUAAAGCAGUCACUUGUGGAGCAUCUUUUUAAUCACUGCAUUUCAAGAAGCUGGUUCUAAAUUACCUUUUUUAUCUCUUCUAUUUCAGGCCAAACAACUUAAAGAAAAGUACAUGCCAAUUGAAUUCUCACCGUAUGUACUUAUUAUUUUUAAUAAACAAUUUCUGUUUUUAUGUACUAAAGACAACAGAGAAAUGAUAUAAAUACAGAUAUUUAUUUCCUAUCUAACUCCAAUUUAUCUUGACAUUUUAGGGACCUUUCAUCAGACGAAAAAGAACCCCACAUGAUAGAAUGGUAUGAUGUGUGUGUUGGAAUUGAACAGCAUUGUAUAGACAUAUAUAUAAUUGAUAUGUUUCCGUAAUGAUGGUGAUGCAAACCAAUGUCAAUUUAUGUAAGCUGGAGAUCAAAACUUUGGGCAAAAUAAUAUAUACUAUUAACAAUUUUAUGUGGCUAACAUUCAAUGUUUGUGACUCCUGGUUUAGUAACAAGUAAUUCAAUGACUGUCAUUAUUAACAUUUAGGGCUAUUAUCAUAAAUAUUUUAGUUUAACAUAUUAUGAUAAAUAUCUGAUUUAAACAAACCAUAUUUCUCGGAAUUUGCAUCCAUACUCUCACAAGCCCCUUCCCCUGAAUAAGCACUCACCCCCUAGAUUAUAAACAUUAUACAGUACCCUUCUUGAUACAGUAAGUGUGAUAGGUUAAAUAUUUAAAGAAUCAAGAGAUUAUUAAAAGUUUGUGGUUCUAGCACAAACACUCAGGUGGACCAAGUCACAUGGGUUACUCACUGAGCUUGGUUUGAAGGAGAAUGACAUCAGUCAAAUGGUAGAAGAAGCACCAAUUGCGCUGAGGUUUGCAUUUAGUUUCUUAAAUCUUUUAUCUUGCAGGUGGACAAAAGGAAAUGAACUCAUUAUUGAGCUGAAUAUCAAGCAAAACCAAAUACCUGAUAUAGUAAAAGAUGCACACAUUGCUUUAAGGUACCACAACAUGCAAUGCACAAUACAGUUUGUGCAAGUAUUGUGGAAUGACUUUUGCAUUUCCACGGAAAUGAAAAUUUAGAAAAGUUGUUUUGAGGUCAUUAGUGUUUAAAAUCCAAGUUGCAUAGUCAGCUCUGAAUGGGUGCAUUCCCAAGAAGUAAGUGAAAUUUAGGAAGAAAGUUUAAAUCUCACUUUAAUUUAUAAAUCAUUUGCCGUACUAAUUUAGUGAUGUUCAGUCUGAAUAAGCAACUACAAAUAAGUAAUACCAAAUCUAAUGUUAUAUUGGUAAACAAGGCCCUGGUGAACAUGUCAACAUCACUGUCAUUUUUUAUGUAAAAUAUUAAAAAUAUUGCUUAUUCCAAAGCUCUAGCUGUAAAGUAUGCUUGAUUUGCACCAUGCACUUAGAUGAAAAGAUCACAACUGACUUAUCUCAUUGUAUGUGCUUCACUUGGAAUACUGUCUACCUGUAUUAUAUUAAUUUAAAAAGUGACAUGCACCCUAAAAUAACUGGAUUACAUUCUGUGUAUUUGGAUAUUUCUACUCAAUUUAGAGAUGGUGUGGAGUGGUUCUUUGUCAAACUUCAUGAGAAGAAAGUUCCUGUCCUUAUUAUAUCUGGUGGUCUUGGAGGUAUUUGUAGAUUAUACCCGUACACCCACAUAAGCUGUUUUUAUUAUGCUUUCCUUUGAAAAUUUUGGUAACUGUUCACUAGCAAUUAUCAUGCAAGGAAGGAGAUAUUUUUGGAAUUGAUGUUCCAGGGUUUUCAUAGCUAAGUUGUUAGAACUAUAGACUCUGAGUCAACAUUAUAUCAUUGGUAUUACAUGGAGAACAAUUUGCAUCUUUAAAAAUAGAUUGACCUUUAUUGAAUUCAGUCCUUUUCUGUGAAACAUACAACAGCUCAUAUAACAUGUGCUUCUCCAUCUUCUAGUUUGUAUCCACUUUUCUUUUCAGAUCUAAUCAAAGAGGUCAUUGAUCAACAAAGUACUCUGUAUGACAAUGUUACCAUCAUUGCCAACUUCUUUAAAUAUGAACAGGUUAGGAAAAACUAUUGAGUGGUUGAAAGGCUUUAAAGAGUAUGAAGAGAUAAUGGGGGGGUCCAGUGAUCAAAUGUCAUAUGAUGAUUGUACUCCUUUUCUUUCUGCCCUAUCCCUGUCACACCAUUUUUUUGUUUAAUUUUUGCACUAGGGAGUGAUGGUAGGUUUUAAGGAGGAACUUCUCUUCAGUAACAACAAGAAAGAGAGAACUAAAGACCUGCCAUACUUUGACAAAAUUAAGGUAAAAUAUAUUCAAAUAAAAUAUGUAACAUUCCCUACCUACUGUAAGCCAUAGGAAUGAAAAAUAAAUAAUACUCUAUCUCAGUGUCACUGAAAGCCUACAAGUCAAGUGCGCAGUAAAUAAAAUAAUGGCAUUUUAUUUCCACUUACAUACAUUAUGAUGCCUGCAAACCUUCGACAGAGAUACCAACCCAGAUAAAUAAAAGAUUUUAAGAUAUUUUACUGUAUAUUUUUUUGUAAAUCCCAUCCCUUCUUCAUUUGGUGUAGGACAGCUUUUUCCUCGUUUUACCCCUCAAACUAAAAUUUGUUCUAUUAUGGACUGAGUGAUAAUAAUUACAUAUUAAUUAUUUUGAGGUUAAAAAAUGUUACUGUUGCAUACCGGCCAUUUUAAAGGAAAACCUAAACAAUUUCAGAGGAGGCAGAAAUGUUUUUCCUCUUGGAGAGGCCAAGAAGUUCAUCCUGUUUCUGGGAGACUCCUGGAUAAUCUUCUGUUGUUGGCUUCUUUGCUACUUAAUUUAUUGUUUAAACUUUUUAAAAAUAUUACUGGUAACUUUGAAAUGAACAUGUGAGCUGCAUGAGAGUUACUGUAAUAAACAUCUGGUUCACUGAAUUUUAUCAGAGUGACUGAGACAUUACAUUAAUUAGCUUAAAAGUGUUUCAAUUAGGUGCCCCCAUGGAAAACCUGAAAUUUUUUUUAAAUGGUUUCAUAGGAACGUACAAAUGUCAUUGUGAUGGGAGACCUGCCAGAUGAUGCUCACGUUUCAGACAGUCCUAAAUACACUGAGGUUACCCUAACAGUGGGUUUCCUGAAUGAGAAGGUGUGUUGUGGGUAUGAGAAGGACUGGGGUGUCUGGGGUGUUCAUUUAAAUGUUGGAGAAAGGUUAAAGAAAUUUAGAGUGUGUACUUUAGAACUGUCAGUAUUUUAGAACUGUAUUUAAGAGAAUCUCAAUGGUAGAUUAAGUGCUCUGAUUUAAGUGAUUCUUAUUACUGAAUCUUUUCAAAGGAUGGAUUUCUUUCAUUUUCUCUAAAUUUCCCAAUACAAUUCAGGUCAUUAGAAAAGACAGACUUAUAAGCUUAAUGGUGUAAUUUUGAUGUACUGUAACAACUAACUCUCCUGUCUAAUUUGCAAGGAAAUGUAUAACAGUCUGUCAGAAUUACUAAUUGGAUCUAGGGAGUUAGUGUUAAAUAGCCAGUUUUUUUAAAGUUUUUAUUCAUCAAUUAAUCUUUCUCUUAAAUGUUAAUUCCAAGGUUGAUGAACAUCUGAGUAACUACAUGGAUGCCUUUGACAUUGUGGUUGUCGAUGAUCACAGUAUUGAACUUGUGGAUCUUCUUCUAAUGCCAAUCUUGAGGGCCUAGAUGUCAUGGAGAAAUUGUUACUCUGAAGAGAUUUCCAUUAAGUUAACGGAAGAUAGAUUUGCACCUAGAAGGAGUGUGAACACAGGGGUUUGGGGUAGUUUAAUGAAUGAAAGAAUUAGUAUGGAAUGCAAGGUUUGGUUUUAAGUUAGAUAUUAGAUUACAGUUGUAUUUAAGUUUUACUGUUUAGUACUAAGGGUGUCAUUGAAGUCAACUAAACAUUUGUGCAAGAGGCAUUCAGUGGUUCUUUACAAUAAGAGCUUGUAAGGAAGGGGCUGUUUAUGAUAGAACUUUGAUAAGAACUUUGCUCUUACAUAGAAAAAAAGCAGCCAAGGAGAAGCCAAAGAAGGUUGUGUUUGGUUAAUUUUGGAAGUUAGCAAAGUAAGAUAAGAUGCUGUCAAUAGUACUGUUUGUGGUUAAUAGACUGGGCCAGGUUUUUCAAAGCUGGGUUGGUAUACCCCAGGUUAAGUGCAAAAUUUGAUUUCAGAUCUCAAAGCUUCAAUAGAAAAUUUAAAAGAAAAAAGAAUGUGAUUAUUGAAUGCUCUACAGAGAAUAGAGAAAAUUAUCCCAAAAAGGCUUUUGAACAAAGGAAUUAAAGAAACCCACAUAAAAAUUUAACCCUGGGUUAGCAUUAACCAGCCUUUGAACGAAUGGGCCCAGCACAAUAGGGGUAUUGGUAUUAAAAAAGGCAAAUUUGAAGGGGGUGGGUCUGAGGUCUGAUAUGAUGCAAGGAGAGAGUUAAAAUGUAUCAUUGUAAAAUGAUGUUUACAAGAAUCAAUUUCACUAUUUCACCUUGCUCUAAUUUACUUUGUAAUUCUGGUAAAGUUUAAGAUCUGAAUUAGUUUGCCAGCCAUUGGGGGAUUUUUCAAUUCAUUUGUAAAAUUGGUAGCUAAGUAGUAAACACUUCAUUGUCAGUGGGUACUUUUAAAGCACUUAGGGUGACCUUAAUGCUGAGCUACAAGUAUUCCCAGAUAUGGUGUAAGAAUAUAAGAGUAAAGGAAUAUUGAAUGAAACACAUAAUCUGUGGAAAGGUACAAUGUACAAGACAUUGCUUUAUAAAUGUAACUUACACACCUCACAAAGUGUCUCUGAUAUUAGAACUCAGACAAAAUCUCAAUCUACGAAUCAAAGCUUGUGUUUAUUGCUCUGUUCCUUUGACGAAAACUUGUGAACAUUAGUCCUCAGCAUAAUUUGGUCCUCCUGAAAAGCAAAACAUUGCCCUCUUACCCAGCAAAGCAUGCACAACCCACAUAAUGAAGCUCCAUCAAACUUUUUUUGCCACAUGGUACAUGUACAUACAUGUACUUAAAAUGGAGCUUACAAUGAAAACAACAGGAAUUUUGUGUUGUUAGUUAGAAGUUAUUCCUGUUACUAUGCCAG